UUUCAAGAAGAGUUUGGACUGGAUCAGGAGUCACAGAGGAAGCCAGACACUUGGAAGCAUGGCUGGGAAACCCAAACUGUACUAUUUCAAUGGAAGAGGCCGAAUGGAAACAAUACGGUGGCUGUUGGCAGCAGCUGGAAUCGAGUUUGAAGAACAAUUCUUUGAAACAAGGGAAGAGCUUUUAAAGUUACGGCAGGAUGGAGUCCUGCUGUUUCAACAAGUGCCCAUGGUAGAAAUUGAUGGAAUGAAGAUGGUGCAGACCAGAGCCAUUCUCAACUACAUAGCAGGGAAACACAACCUCUAUGGGAAGGACGUGAAGGAGAGAGCACUGAUUGAUAUGUAUGUGGAAGCAACAAUGGAUCUGAAUGAAAUCAUUAUGCAUCAUCCUCUCCAGCCACCGGAGGCAAAGGCAAAGCAUCUUGCCACAAUCAUUGAGAAGGCCACAACCAGGUACUUCCCUGUAUAUGAAAAGGCUUUGAAAGACCAUGGACAGGAUUUUCUUGUUGGCAACCGAUUCAGCAGGGCAGAUGUACAGCUGCUUGAAACCAUUCUAAUGGCAGAAGAGUGCAAGCCUGAUAUACUCUCCAAAUUCCCUGUUUUACAGGCUUUUAAAGCAAGGAUAAGCAACAUCCCCACAAUUAAGAAAUUCCUGCAGCCUGGCAGCCAGAGGAAACCACCGCUAGAUGUAAAAUUACUUCCAAAAGUGAUGAGCAUUUUCAACAUUGGCAAUGAAUGAUGGCUUAAAAUCAUGGCAGCUGUUUUACUGUAGUUGUGUAUUAGCUGUAAAACUACAAAGUGAAGUUAAUUCAAA